AUGAAAUGGUCUGCAAUCCCCUUCGAAUCUUUGUAUCGUUCCAUUGAAAGUGGUGAGUUUGAUUUCGGCCUGUUCAGAGAAAUACUUCCUGACUUGCAAAAUUUGAACUUGAACACCGAUAAACUAAAAAACAAUACUAGCCGAUCUCAAUUAGAAAAGGGUGAAGUAACAUUAUCUGAUGGCUCUACUUUCAAACUCAAUCAAGAGUUUAUAUUUGAGGCCAUUUCUUUGUCCGAUGAACUGAACCUAGACGAAAUCGUUGUAUGCGAAUUGAUACUUUCCAGUGAUGUCACUGCGAAUAAUGGCAAAGUACAAUACUUUUUGAGAAGACAAUAUAUUUUACAAAUCGUUUCUUUUGUAGUCAAUUGUCUCGACAAAGACACUGAAUUAUACCAAGAACUAUUAAAGAAUGAUACUUUAAUUUCUAAUGUUCUUUCAGCCUUCAAGUUCAUUCAUACUCAACUAUCUGAGAUUAAACAACAUAUUAAUAAGGCUCAAAUACUAGAAAAUUACAAUGCUUUGUUCAGACAGAAUAUCAAGUUCAGAAGGGACUUUUUGUUAAGAGAAUAUGAUAUUUUGAGUCAGAUUUUAUACGGCCUGGUCGAUAAAGGAGUUGUUAUGGAAAAAAAAGACUUUAUAGUGUCUUUGCUUGAUCAUGUAUCAGGCUUAGAUUCCAAUGAUUUCUUUAUAAUAUAUUAUAUUCCUGCAUGCUUCCAUCUUUUCGCAUCCUUAAGAGUUGUACCCGAUGCAGAUGUCAAAUCUUUACAUUCCAAGUUCAUAAAGGAUUUAAAAGACGAUUCCAUAUAUUCUAAACCAGUUAAAGUGGCUCUUAUAUUUACUUUUCUCGCUUACUUUAUCGGAUGGUGCAAAGAGGACCCUAAAAAGAGAGCUGAUGUGAUGGACUUCAAAACUGAUGUUGACGAGCCAAUGACAUCUGCUGUCGAGUUAGGUGCUAUUGAACAGAUCUUAAUAUUUGCUGCCGAUACUUCUAUUGUGGAACAAGACAAGAGUAUGGAACUUUUCUACGAUAUAAGGUCCUUGCUAGAAAGACACAUUCCAAGAUUAAUUCCCAAACAACUACUUGAUGAUGAGAAAAUAUUUAAUCAAGCCACGAAUUCUACCUACAAUUCCUCUGUAAUGAGCAAUAAUACAAACGGCGGUGGCCUAUGGAACUCUUCUUAUCCUGGGGCGAUAAAUUCCACUAAUAGCACUCGACUGAAUCAUGUACCCACUAAUAUCAAUGAAUAUUCCUAUACGAACAUUGUUCUAUCCGAUCAAACCCAAGAGUUUUUCCUUGCAGCCUUUGAUGACGUACUUCAAACUAUUAUUACAGAUUGUGCCUUUCUACUUACAAAAAUUAAAGAUGCGGAAGAGGACUCUUUGCUGUCCGGGGAAGAUUUGACUCUAGAUGACAUUUCAUUAAAAGCAGACCUGGAAAGAUUUUUCUUAUCAAUAUAUUUUUUCUAUGCAUCAAGACCUGACUAUUCCAGCGCUUUUUGGUCGGAUAAAGAGUCAAAUGCUUACGGUUUCAUUGAGUGGUGUUCCAGAUGCAACGAUAAUUUGAUGAGGUCUUGUUUCUAUUUGAUGAUUUCUAGUCUAUCCUUUGGUCCUGAAAAUUCUUUGAAUGUCUAUCAUUAUUUUGGUGAGAAUAGCUCAGUUUCAUGGAAAAACAUUGCGCAAUGUAUCAGCGAUUAUACUGAAAAAAUAAGCAAUUUCAACACUAGCCUUCAAAAGAGACAGCAAUUUAGUGAAGUAACUCGUAAUGAUGUCGAUUCUACAGCAGUGGCUUUAGAAGAGGGCUUGAAUGAGGAAACUGUGAUAUUUCUUUCCUCCCUACUGACUUUGGUUGGCUCAGUUACAUAUCAUGUUGAUGAAGAUGUGAAAAGCUCGCUAUCGACAAUUUUUUCAGAGGUCCUUUUCGAAUUUACAAAGAUGAACACCCCCCUGGUAGGCGCUUCUUUCAAAGUUUUGAGUAAUUUGGUUCCAAAACUUGAAUCAUCAAGAACAAAAUUUUGGUCUUUCCUGGACUCCCUAAUUUUCAAGAAUUCGCCAUUGAGCUCAUCAUCUGAUUCCUAUAGGGCUGCCUUUGCAAGCAUACUGACAAAGUAUUCUGAAGUUUUAGGAUUUUUGCAACUCUUCCAAAACCUUAUUGCUGUUCACUCUCGUGAAAGUGGUAGCGAAUAUAUGAUUUUUGGUAAAUUGGCAUUUCCAGCAAGGCUGGGUCAAGGGUAUAGAAAGAUAGGUAUAUGGCCAUAUUUUGACUACGUUUUCAACGACAUUUUAGCCCAUAUACAUCAAAUCACUGAUGUCAGAAACAGAAGGGCUGUCCAACUCCCCAUUUUGAACAUUAUCUACACAGGCUUGUGCUCUUUUGACUACAGUGUAAUUUUGAACUCUAUCCCUGCUGCAGCAAAUUUGAAUGCUUUAGUCGAUGGCGAGAAUUUUUACAACUACGUUCAAGAGUGUCCAACAACCCCAGUAUUCAAUUAUGUUUUUACCGAGAUGGUCUACAAAAGCAUAUUCAAUAUAGUCGAUGUGGGUGUUGACCAAUUAUCGAUAGAGUUGGAUAGUGGUAAAAACCAAGCUGAACUGUUGCAAGUAGCCGUAAAAAUCAUUGACAAAGUGUUAGAUUAUCAAGAGACUUACGUGGAAGAAUUAUUCCCAAUUGUCAAGAGACAUGGCAAAAGCGAUUAUUUCAUGCCAAAGAAUUAUUCUCUUCACGGCUUACGUUCAUUUUAUGAUGCUAUUUUCUUCAAUAUUUCACUUGUCGCUCACUUGGGUCUAUACGUCGGCGUUGAUGACCAAAUCUUAGCAUCCAAUUCACUACACAUUUUGAAGAAACUUUCAGAACGCCCUGAUGGCUCCACUGCAUUAUUAUCUAAGAAAGAUAAGUUAUUGACGAUAUUCGAUUCUGUAGAUGAAUCUGCAAGAAUAAAGGAUGCAUUCAUUACCCAGUUAGAAGCGCCAAUAACGGAGGCUGGUGUCCUUAUUUUGAAGCUAGAGUUAUUAGAUUUCUUGACUUCAAAUUUAUCGAACUGUAGCCGAGUGACAGGUAUCUCUCAUCUAUUAUUAGGUUUUCAGGUUUCUAAUAUCAUAUCUUUAGGACCUAACUUAGCAACGUUUAUUUCUUCCAGAACAUCUUUACUGAAUUCGCUUAUAAAUCUAUUAGAAGCUUCUUUGAAUAAUAUCACGAACGAAAAUAUUGAUUAUGCACCUAUGAGGUUGGCUACUGCGGCACUGGAAAUCAUUCUGAAACUAUGUCGUAAUCCGUUAACUUCCAGUUUACUAUGUCCAUACUUAAUCGAGGAGAACUUUUUUGAAAGAAUAAUGAUCCUUGAUCCAAAAAUUACAAGAUACACGACUUGGAAUGGUUCUCCAUUCGAUAAUUCUACAGAAGAAAAAUGCAAAAGAUUCGUCGAGAGUGAAUCUGUCGGGGCUUUUUUGUCAUUUUUAGCAUACAGGAGUUACUGGACACAGUAUUUGGGUUUAUUUAUCCACAAAAUGUCAUUCUCUGGUACAAAAUCAGAGGUCUUAGCAUAUGUGAACUACUUAAUAUCGAACACAAUGUACUCAGUGAGGUUAUUUUCCUUCUUGGACCCAUUAAGUUAUGAGAACAUUCCUGAAUCGAGUGAGACGCUAUCGAUCUUUUCUGAUAUUCCUUUGAAUUUAGAACAAGUUGCUCUUAACAAGGACUGUUGUGGAAACAUUUAUAACUUCAGCGAAAUGGAAAAGCUCAUGCGCUUGAUUGAGAGAGUUCGCGCUGAAAGCCUGUAUUCCGGUCACUUUGAUGUAAAUACGACAAGGGAUCAAUUUCUGAAAGAGGCACGUCUCGAAUGCGCAAAAGCCAAAAGUCAUUUUACGAAUCUCAUAUCAAAAAAUAAAGCAUUAGAGUUAAACCUCUCGGUGCUACAUUCAUGGGUACAAUUAGUACAGAUAAUUGUCACUGAUGGUAAGUUAGAGCCAUCUGAAAGAUCGAGCUUUAUUUUAGAGGUUUUUGGUACUAUAAUUCCUAGAAUUAGCGACUAUGUUGAGUUCGACAUAACUUUUUCAGAAGAAUUGGUGUCUCUCGCUGUUUUCUUAUUCGAUAUGUACAACCGUGAUCGCAAGUUGAUUACCGAUAAAGGUAUGGUAGAUGGUAGGUUGUAUCAGUUGUUCAAGACUUGUAUCCAGGGCAUCAACUCUCCACUAUCCUCUGUGGCCCUGAGAUCCGAUUUUUAUAUAUUAGCAAAUCACUACUUGAGAAGAGUGUUAAGCGACAAACAGGGAUCCGAAAUGGUUGUACAAAAUUUGAGAUUAGGGAGCAAAAAGUUGGUAGAGAUCAUAUGGAAUGACAUUAUCUAUGGUGAAGGUACUAGUAGGGUUACAGGUAUAUUGCUAUUGGAUUCCUUGAUACAACUAGCAAAUAAAAGUAAGGAGAAUUUCAUAUUGGACUCACUGAUGAAAACCACAAGGCUGCUUUUGAUUAUGCGUUCGCUGAAAAACACAGAUGCCUUGCUAAAUUCUACUACAGAGCAUAUAAAUAUUGAUGACUUGUUAUAUGAAUUGACAGCAUUCAAGGCCACCGUAUUCUUUUUGAUUCGUGUUGCCGAAACUAGGAGUGGAGCAAGCGCCUUGAUCGAGAAUAAUUUAUUCAGAAUAAUCAGCGAAUUGACAUUCUUAAAAGUUGAUCCUGAUUUAGGUUUGGAGCUUAUGUUUGACGAGGUUUACGUUCAUAAUUCUAACUUCUUGAAAGUCAACGUCACUUUAGAUAAUCCCCUAAUAGUUGAUAAAGAGGCGAACGGUGUCUCCCUAUUUGAGUUGAUCGUUCCUGUAUUCCAAUUAAUAGCGGCCGUUUUAGUGAGUAUGGGAAGCUCAAAUAAAAACGUUGUCCAAAAAGUGAAAACCCUAUUGAGUACCUAUAAAAGAUUGGUGAUAGGAAUCUUCAAAAGAGACUUAUUGAGGGAAAAAGAAGAUAAGAAAAAUUCUACAAAUUCUGAUUGCCAAAGUCUAGACGAAAUGGUGAGGCUAAUUGUAAUGCUGUGCACUUUAACAGGAUACCAAAACGAGGACUAA